GGCCCUUGAACCAUAUUUCCUUUGUGACACGCGCCGCCGACUGUGUGAAAAUGGCAGCGUGUGCCUGCAUUUGAGCCUUUGUGAGUUGGCACCGGCCCAGCUCACUCUCGUAGGAGACGGCGUCGACGAGGCCAAGGUCCACCUUCUUCUGCAGAUGGCUGGAGCGAACGUGGAGAAGAAGAAACAGCUACCUUUGAUCCUUCAGUUGAUCCAGAUGUCCGAGUCGAGUGUUUGGGACAUGAGAAAUGGACCGGAUAAGGGAGUACGAUGGAAGUCAGGAGCACCACCUCUGCCCCCGGUUUGGAAGUAUGAUACAACAGACUUGAGGGCAUACACAAAGUAUACCAAGAAGGUCAGGAUUUGGGAACUUCAAAUGGCACCAUAUGCAUGUAAGGCUGAUCAGGCGCUGAUGCUUUACAAUUCACUCACUGGCGAGGCAGAACAGGAGUUGGAGCAUGUGUCAAUUGAAGAUUUGUAUACAGAUUCUGGCAUAGAUACAAUUCUCAACAUGCUGAAAUCCCCCAUGGAGCAGAAGAUGAUUUAUCAGAAACGGAAAUUUCUGCACGAAUUCGAGAACAUGAGACGUUAUGCAGGUGAGAAUAUGAGGGCAUUCAUCAACCGUUUCAGACGUUCUCAACGCAAUUUGAAGUCUGUGGGAAUUGAUAUCUCUGGAACAUACGAUACAGAAAGUUUGGGUGCAAGACUCCUUGACCGCAGUGGUCUUACUGCGGAACAGCAACGGAUGAUUUUGGUUGGUAAGGGUUAUGGAACACCUCGCAAAGCCUGGUUUACCGAAACAGCAGACACAUCGCCUCAGGACGAUGACGAGCAAGAGCUUGAAGCGAUUGAGGAGGAAGCAGAUGAGCCCAAUGACAAUGAAGAGCACGGCGAUGACGCCGACAAUGACGAUGAUGAUGAUCCAUCCAGCAGCCUUGCAGACCUUGCAGAAGUUCUCACUGUCACCGCGAAAAAGAUCAGCGGUUUGACUCUGGCUCGGGGAUGGAGUAAGCCCAAAACUGGAAACCCCAAAGACAAAUCACGCUCAGUUGAAGACACCAAGAAGGUGACACACUGCACAGCAUGUGGGGCCCGUGGACAUUGGUACCAAGACCCAGAAUGUCCUAUGAAUGCUAAGAAGUUCAACAAGUCGGCUUCCACAUCUCAGGGUUCUUCACCACAACCUUCCACUUCAUACAACAUGACUAAGAAUGACAAGGGCAAGGGCAAGCAGCAUGCAGUUCGUUUUAUUCACCAUGAUCAUGGUUCCAUGGAUAUUGUAGAUGCCCCCAAUGAGUAUGGUGAAGCAUUCGAUACCUUUGUCGCGUCCCAGGUUUCAAAAGUGCCACAUCAGAUCAACGAGAUCAAGUUUGCUGGCGCCGAGCAAUUUGCAGGGUUCUUAGUCAUUGACAGCAGAUGUCAGAGGACCUGUUGUGGGAAGAAAUGGUUUGACUCACAUGUUUUGAAGUUGCAAUCAUUUGGAAUGGCACCAUAUUGUUUUGCGGCCAACGACAUGUUUCAGUUUGGAAAAGGGCAACCAUCAACAUCAACUACAAGAGCGUAUUUACCCACUGGUAUCAACGGUUUUUCAAUGAUUCUUGGAGCAUCAAUUUUGGAAGAGAAUAUUCCUUUGCUGGGUUCAAAUUCAUUGAUGACACGUUUGGGAGCAAUUUUGGAUUUUGGAGCAGAUUGGAUCACAUUUGAAGCAAUUGGUAUUCAUGCAAAAGUUCAUCGUAUUGCAGGGCAUUUAGCAGUGAGUAUUUUGGAUUUUCAUGAUCAGCAGGUUUCAGUCAACCCAAUUUGGCAAGAGCUUGCAGCCGAUGAAUAUUGGCAUGAUCCUGAUCCAGAGCUUCUUUUGUCAAGUGCCCAACCGGAGCUUCAACAUGUACCGCUCUCCACCGACAUGGUUGGCAGCAUGGAGAAGCAUCGCCAUGGCACUCAUUGCAUUCCCCAAGAACCUCAUCUACCAGAUCAUGACCGCGAUCAAGUUCAAGAUUCUUCCAAGGAGUGUUUUGCAAGCACUUCCACCAGUGCUGACAAUGCCCGACAAGAUGGAUCCCACAACAUGCAAGCACGACUACACACGCAGGUACGGCAACACCCACGGGAGUUUCGCCAAGUGCCAGCAGUGCAACCAGGUCUUCAAGUGGAACAACAGCACAGGCCUGUGGGACCAUCAUGGGUCAAGAGGACACUCGUUGCCCUCGCGACAAUUGCCACCACCAUCUUCGGAGACAAUAUCAGUGCCAGCAGCCAAGCCAAAGAUCCGUCCUUCAUCUUCAGCCAGGACUUCCCCGACCUCGCACCGGAGGGAGUUCCCAGAUCCCUUUCCACCGGGUCAACGACUUCCAGAACCAUACCAAUGGACCAACCCCCGGAUACGAUGUUCCAAGCUCCUCAUCUGACCGACGAGCAGCAGAUGGAAGUCUUCAACAUCGUCAACCAAGAGGAUCCAAGAAUGGCGGAGGCGACCACCUGGGAGCAACAAGCGUUUCUCAACGAGGACGUCUUCCAGGAGGCCAGGGACGAGAUUGCAAGGAGAUCCGACCAGCGAGUUCUACGACUGGUCGUCAGUGGGCUGAAGAAGGGCACUGAGAAACAACUUCGAGGACAAUGGCAACGUUCAGCGAAGCUUCUCAACAAUGAGAUUCAGAUCUGCAACGUCAAGCACAAGCCCCGGCCACCAGGAGCUGCAGAUCUAUGGGAACUCUUUGCUGGAGAAGCCACAUGUUCCCGGCUGGCCCACCAAUACCAGCUCAAUGCACUACAGCCCUUUGACCUGAUCUACGGCCAAGAUUUCAUGGAUGAUCAGAUCAAGAACAAGACCUUUCGAGCACUCAAGCGACAUCAGCCCCACCUACUGAUGGUCGAGUUGGAGUGCACCCGCUACAAUCUCUUCAACAAGAAUAUGAAUUACGCCUAUCGCUUGGACGAAUGGCAGAUGCGUCAACAAGAGCACCAGCCGCUCUUGGACCUUGGAGUGGACGCAGCAUUGAUCCAGUACCAAGCAGGCAGAUUCUUUCUUCUCGAGAACCCCCUGAGGUCGGAGGUCUGGUCCAAGCCUAGGGUAGAAGAGCUUCGACGUCUACCAGGAGUUUGGGAAGUGGUUGUGGACUUGGGAGCAUUUGGAGCAACCAACAAUGAUGGUGAACCAAUCCAAAAGCCAGUCAUGUUUGUUGGCAACAUGCCCGGUUUGGACGUGGUGCUACAUCAACGACUCUCUCAAGAUGAAAAAGCCCUUUGCGUCCCAGUUCAAGGCAAACACACCAGAAACUCCCAGAUAUACCCAGAACGACUUUGCAGAACCAUCCUGAAGGAGCUGCGGAACUAUGUCCGACAGCAAGACCCAGACAGGUUUUGCACUUCUUCAACAGCACCCCAUGUUGCACUACCAGUUCAGCAGCCAACUGCCGACCUCAGCCAAUGGGAUGAAGUUGUGACGGCAGUGGACACGGCCUUUCAGAACACUUCCAAGAGGCCAUACUACAUCAUGCCCGACAGCCCUCAAGGCAAGAUGAUCCAGGAUUUGCUGCGACUGAAUGCUACGCGCAUCCAGGUAGUGUCAACACCAACAACCAGAAGAUUGCCUGUCCAGUUCUUUGACUAUGUGGUCAGAGCCACCUUCAUCCUCUACAAUGAUGACUCUCGUGCGGUGGAGGUGGAGAAGUUGGACGAGAUGCAGUUUCCUCGACAGCGCUUCACCAAACCUGUCAGGAUUGGCAUCUUCGUUUAUGGUCAUCCUCGACCUGAGCCUGGACUUGAGCAACAUGAAGAACAACCUCAACAUGUACCUGCAAUUAUGCCAGGUCUUCCAACCGACAUCGACUUCCCUGGCGUCUCAGCUGGCAUCACUCAGGAGGUGAGAUCAGCAGUUGCCAGAUUACAUCUCAACAUGGGACAUCCGUCCAAAGAGGAGUUGUGUCGAAUGAUGGCACAGCAAGGGAGCAUUCCAGAUGCAGCAUUUGAAUGUUUUCAUCAAGCUGCACUACUGCCAGAUCGGAAUGCCUCCACAACCUUUGAGACGUUUGAACAAAUGUGGCUGAAGCCAUAUGGACUCCCCUUGCGAGUCACGUGCGAUCCCGACACAUCAUUCAAGGGUGACUUCCAACUUCGUUUACAAGCACUUGGAGUCAGUGUGGAACAUUGUCCACCCGAAGCCCACUAUGUGAUUGGAGCUGUGGAACGUCGGAACGCAGUGUUCCGUUUGAUUCUUGAGAAGCUCGUCGACCAGUUUGGAGCUCAGGAAGUGGACCAAUGCCCCACUUUGAUCAUGGCAGCCUGCCAUGCCUUGAACUCAGGGAUCCGCACUCAUGGCCGAUCAGCAUACCAAGCAGUUUUUGGUCGUGAACCACGUUUGCCAGAUUCAGUUUUCAAUGAUCCAAUGACUUUAUCAUCCUCAACGCCCAUUGCCCAGAUGGAAAACUAUGACCCUACCUUCAAGGCCGAGGUCAUUAGAGCAGAGGCACUCAAAACUCUCCAUGACCUGGACACCAGCCAGCACCUGAGGAGAGCUCUCUUGCGAAAGACGAGAGCAACUAGGGUGGCCGAUUUGCUCCCUGGGCAGAAGUGUGCGUUCUGGAGGUGGCAAAGACGUGGACCCAAGAAGAGAGGUUCAUGGAUCAUUGGACGGUUCCUUUCUUGGGAUCCCUCCUACGUUGGCAAACAAGCAUGGAUCCGAACAGGUUCUACAACAACUUUGGUGACCGCCGAGCAACUCAGAGCAGCCUUUGGCUUUGAGCAGUGGUCACCCGAUGAACAAGAUGUUCAAGCCCUUAAAGACGCAUCGAGUAGCUUCAACAAGCAGAUCAUGGAUGAACGUGGACCACAACCCACAGAACAAGAGCUUCAUCCACUACCAGAAGAUCAAGAACUUCAAGCUCUCGAUGACCCUUACCCAAUGACACCAGCUAUGAUGGUUCCAGCGACCCCUGAACCACAAGCUGGACAACCUCCACAACAACCUGAAGAGCUACCACCGCCACAGCGACAGCCUCAGACACCCUCUCAAAGAGGACGUGCCAUGUCCGAGCAGCCACAGCAGAAUGUACAGGCACCUUUACAGGAUCAACAUGAUCCAGCACAACGGAGCCAACAUGGCUCAGCACAGCAGUCUCUUGAACAACAAGAGCAACACGGUGCUGCCCAGCAGCAACCAAGCACACCGGCGGCAUCAACAGGAACACAAGCACAGUCUCACACCGGCAUUUUGCCACCUGUCCCUACCGUGGACGCAGACACACAGGCAUCAGCAUCAUCACAGCAGCAGCAGCAUGGUAUCCCCUUCCAUGACGAUACCAGCCUUGGCAUUCAGCAACCAUUCAUCGACCCCACAGAGGUGAUUGCGAUUGCCGAUGACGAUGAGCCACAGCCACCACCAACAAAGCAGCCAAGAACACAACAUACCUUGAUGGUCAAGUUAUCCAACGUGGUGAUGUACGUCGACUGCGAUGGCAACAUCAAACGUCUCCGACGACCACAGGAUCCAACAACUUGGCAAUGCUUUGGCUCAAAGUCAAAUACAUGCUACAAGGCCUACCUUACGACAGAACAGAGAAAAGAGGACGUGAAAACUUUGGGAAAGGAUCCACAAGAUCCUGAUACAUCAGACGACUCAGACGAGUCAGAAGCUGAAGUCCCAAAGACCACUACCAGCAGAACACCAUCCUCUUCAAUGACCGCACCACUUUACAAACAGGGACUGACCAGACAAGAGCUCAAAGCGAUGGACCGAGAGAUUCCUUGGCGCUCCAUCUUGUCUAUGCCAGAGCCCUAUGUGGAAAAGUUCAUUGAGGAGAUGAGAAAACGCAUCAUCCCAGCUCGUGCGUGUUAUCGCGACAAGUCUUGCGGAGUUGGAGAGCUACGAGCGAAGUGUCGCAUCGUUGCCUUGGGCCACCUUGACCCAGACCUUGCAGAGAUCAAUAGGCCCUCAGGAACUCCAGGAAGAGUCAGCGAGCACAUGAUCUUCGUCAUGAUGACUGCAGGCUUCAACCGUGAGCUUUUUGGCACCAAGCACGGUUGGAAAGCAUGGUCCGCAGAUGCUGCAACAGCUUUCCUCCAAGGAAAACAAGCGCGACGGCUACCAAUUUUCCUCAAGCCACCCAAUGAUGGAUUGAUCCAGCUCACCAACCACUGGAAAGCCAAGCUGUACCGCGUCAGAGGUAACAUUUAUGGACUCGCUGACGCACCAGCGACAUGGUCGAAAGAAGUGAUUGGACGAUUGACUGGAGCUCAAUACCGACAGCACAGUUUUGAUCAACAGGUCUUUUACAAGGUCGUCAAUGCAGAGAUUGUUUCAAUCAUCCUGGUCUACGUUGACGACUUCAUUGGCCUUUUUAGAUCUGACUAUGACCUUGGCGAGAUUCAUGCACUGUUCCGCUGGGGAGCUGUCACAUACUUUGAGGAGAACAAGCCAGUGACCUUCAAAGGCAAGGAGUUAACAAUGAUCAAAAGGGAUGGAGGGUUCCAAUUGAAAAUCACCAUGACCAGUUUCAUAGAUAGCUUAGAUGUAGGGGUUAUCAAAAAGGGUCGUUUGCAACAAAACCCUGCUUUGACACUGGACGAGCAGAAAGAGCUGAGAAGCGUCUCUGGAUGCUUGCAAUGGGUCUCUACGCAGUGCCGACCCGAAGUCUCUGCGAUCGUGAGCCUCACUGGACAUGGAGCUGAAGCCACCAUCACUGAUCUGCGCAACCUCUAUGCCAUCAUCAAAUACUUGAAGCAGACACCUGAUGACGGACUUAUCCUGCCAGACAUUCCAUUUGAUGAGAACACCGUAGUUUUAGCCUAUAGUGAUUCAUCAUGGGCAAACGCCCGCAAGUCCGGUAGUCAGAUUGGAGUCAUCAUUUGUUUAACCACGGAAAGUGCAGCGCACAUUCCGGCUCCAGCUUCCAUAGUAGAUUGGCGUUCAUGUAGGUCACCGCGAGUUUGCAGGUCAACACUAGCUGCAGAAGCAACGGCAGCCAACGAAGCAGCUGACAGAGCUGCAUGUGUUAGCAUGUUUGCUAGUGAGUUUGUUUUUCAAGAAGCGGCUCAUCGUGUAGGAGCCAGACUUGCAAUUGUAGCUGCUGUAGAUGCAAAGAGCCUUUACGAUGCCUUGCUUUCUCCUGCCCCAAAUUUGAACGACAAGCGCACUUUGGUGAGUGUACGGGCAGUGCCGGAAACUUUGGCAAGCAACGAUGUCAAGUGGGUUCCAACAAGAUUCCAGUUUAGCGAUGGACUUACCAAGGUCGAUCCCAAUCUCACGCUGUUGUUUCGACAGUGGCUUCAACAGCCUGUGGCAAUCUUGAAGGAAUCACCAGAGAGCAUCAUUUGGGAACAAAAGGAAGUGGACCUGACCCCACUUUGGCAUGGCAGCCUGCCAUGCUUGAACUCAGGGAUCCCACUCAGGAGAGCUCUCUUGCGAAAGACGAGAGCAACUAGGGUGGCCGAUUUGCUCCCUGGGCAGAAGUGUGCGUUCUGGAGGUGGCAAAGACGUGGACCCAAGAAGAGAGGUUCAUGGAUCAUUGGACGGUUCCUUUCUUGGGAUCCCUCCUACGUUGGCAAACAAGCAUGGAUCCGAACAGGUUCUACAACAACUUUGGUGACCGCCGAGCAACUCAGAGCAGCCUUUGGCUUUGAGCAGUGGUCACCCGAUGAACAAGAUGUUCAAGCCCUUAAAGACGCAUCGAGUAGCUUCAACAAGCAGAUCAUGGACGAACGUGGACCACAACCCACAGAACAAGAGCUUCAUCCACUACCAGAAGAUCAAGAACUUCAAGCUCUCGAUGACCCUUACCCAAUGACACCAGCUAUGAUGGUUCCAGCGACCCCUGAACCACAAGCUGGACAACCUCCACAACAACCUGAAGAGCUACCACCGCCACAGCGACAGCCUCAGACACCCUCUCAAAGAGGACGUGCCAUGUCCGAGCAGCCACAGCAGAAUGUACAGGCACCUUUACAGGAUCAACAUGAUCCAGCACAACGGAGCCAACAUGGCUCAGCACAGCAGUCUCUUGAACAACAAGAGCAACACGGUGCUGCCCAGCAGCAACCAAGCACACCGGCGGCAUCAACAGGAACACAAGCACAGUCUCACACCGGCAUUUUGCCACCUGUCCCUACCGUGGACGCAGACACACAGGCAUCAGCAUCAUCACAGCAGCAGCAGCAUGGUAUCCCCUUCCAUGACGAUACCAGCCUUGGCAUUCAGCAACCAUUCAUCGACCCCACAGAGGUGAUUGCGAUUGCCGAUGACGAUGAGCCACAGCCACCACCAACAAAGCAGCCAAGAACACAACAUACCUUGAUGGUCAAGUUAUCCAACGUGGUGAUGUACGUCGACUGCGAUGGCAACAUCAAACGUCUCCGACGACCACAGGAUCCAACAACUUGGCAAUGCUUUGGCUCAAAGUCAAAUACAUGCUACAAGGCCUACCUUACGACAGAACAGAGAAAAGAGGACGUGAAAACUUUGGGAAAGGAUCCACAAGAUCCUGAUACAUCAGACGACUCAGACGAGUCAGAAGCUGAAGUCCCAAAGACCACUACCAGCAGAACACCAUCCUCUUCAAUGACCGCACCACUUUACAAACAGGGACUGACCAGACAAGAGCUCAAAGCGAUGGACCGAGAGAUUCCUUGGCGCUCCAUCUUGUCUAUGCCAGAGCCCUAUGUGGAAAAGUUCAUUGAGGCAGUCAACAAAGAAGCGGCAUCAUGGUCAGAAUGGCAGUCAGUUGAGCCUCUUAGUGACCAACAAGCUCAAAAGAUCUACGAGACGAUGACAAGGAGAUGA